CCAUCAGGAAGUAGAAUGACAGUGACUUUAUUUACGGGACUUUUAUUGUGAAAAUACUUGACGUUUUGACCCGGGGGUUGUGACCUUUGACCUCUCCAUUUUGAUAGCGGGACUUUUAUCCAACAGGAAGGUAUUAGAGGCUGAACUCCCUUUGAGAGGAGCUGAUUGGCUGGUUCUGGGACUAAGACUCUGUCCUGGGGAACAUCGCUCUCUUUGGUCUCGACCCGGUCAGAAAGCAACACCUGCUGCUUCCUUGGAGCUCGUACCUGUGGAGUCGUCAUCGCCACGGGACCCACGGCCCUGAGCGUUUGGUUGUUUGUUAAACUUCUGUUUUAUACUUCUUGCCAUUAAAUAUUGUUAAACUUGAUUCAUCGCAUUCUAGUCCCCAUCAUAACUCGCCCUUUAUAACCACGCAGAUGGGUUGAGCCUGGUCCCUCUCUCUCCCUCUGUCGUCACUCACACAAUCUGUGUGUGUGUUUUCUCCCCCUUUAUUUAGCCUGAAGUUAACACCGCAUAUUUACUCUCGACACCUUGGGGUGACAACGACUUAGAGCUAACGAGCUAAAAGAGCUAACGAGCUAAAAUAGCGUGUUCCCACCAGCAGAGUACACACAACACUUGUUGAAGGACCCUCAAGGUCCCCCCCCCCCCCAAUUUAUCGUUCUCAGAAUAUAAAAUAGAAGGCGCGGCUGUUUUCUCCAAAUGGAAAACAUCUUGACCGGAGCGGAGAGAGAGGAUCCUAAAAAAACGAGGCCAAGUUGUAUUUCAAAGGUGCCGAGGAGGGGGGGGGGGAGGAGGGGGGGCAUCUGAUCCAGUCCCUCCCCCCCCCCCCAUAAGUAAGCUUGACAAUCUGCAAAUCAUGAAUUAUCCUCGUUGAAUCAACAGUGUGUGUUUCUGGUGGAGCAGCGGCCUCGAGGCAAAGGUCAGAGGUCACCCGGCCUCGUUGACAUGAACCAGUGAGGAGGCCAAUCACACGUCUCUGAUCUCAGCCUCACUUCAGUUCAGGAACUUUUGAUGUCGCAAACACGUAACAUCUGCUUCUAGGUCGGCUGGAUGGAGGGAGCCCUCUUCAUCAUCAUCAUCAUCAACAUCAUCUUCUUCUUCAUCAUAAUCUUCUUCACUUUCUUCUUCAUCAUCAUCUUUUUCUUCUUCAUCUCCUUCUUUUCUUCUCCUGAUUCCUUGUCAUCUUCUUUUUCUUUAUCGUCAUCAUCAUCAUCUUCUUCUUCUCUUCUCCUUCUUUUUCUUCUUGAUCAUCAUCUUCUUCCUCUUCUUCUUCUCUUGUUCGCUUCUUCCCCGUAGAGCUGGAGGAGGGAACACACACACAGACACACACACACACACACACACACACUUCGUGCUGCGUGCAUAGACAGUGAGAGGAGGAAACAGUGAUUUUUCAGCAAAAGCAGCAGUCAGUCAGCAGCCCCUUGAUACAGAAGCGUGUGUCCCACAAACAAGACGUUGACAUCGUUAGAGAGGUGAGACUCUUCCGAACGUUGGGAUGUGACCGUCGUCCUCAUCGGGUUUCGGGACGUGAGCUUUACGGCAGUUUGGAAAAGUGGUACCGUCGGCUUUCUUUAAGAAAACGGUGGUCUGAUUUAACAUGGUGUCCAAUGGAGCAGUUGGCUGCGUUCACGCCGCUCUCAGGCUCACAGGAGCAAAUGUGUAAGUCUGUUGGAUUCCACAGACACACGUCUACGACCGGCACAAGAUUCCCCACGUUUACUUCCUAGACGGGAUGCGCUCAGAGCGAAAAUUGGGACUGAAAGGGAAGUUUGUUUGGGAGAAUGACAGAAUAUUUGUCCAGCUCCUUCACUCUAGCUUGAACAUUCCGUGCCACACACACCCAUUGUAAACUCUGAAAAGAAGCUUUCUGAAACUUUUAACGGUGAUGGCGUGAAAACGGCGUGAGCUAUCCAAACGGCCAGCGGGCAAAAUACAGUCCAGAAUUUUGUUAACGUUACAAACUUUAAAUCAUUUUUUUCCGUUAAAGUAUGGCGAGUCAACGGGGGCCCAAAGUAGAGUGAGCUGUGAUCAAAGCCACGGACCAAUGAUGACAUCAUCAUGAUGUCAUCAUUGAUCACAGCUUCAAAGCCACAGAAAACAGUAUAUACCCCGUGCUGGGAGAGAGUCCACCAUUCAGUCCAGCAUUCAGAUUCAUCUCUACAGUUUCAUCUCUACAGUUUCAUCUCUACAGUCGGAUAAUGUCAACGCUCCCUAUGGAACCAAACACAAGACCAGCAAUAUUUCUUGGAGACCAAUUUGUGCCGAACAUUUUUAAUCUGUCUGGACUAAGUAUGUUGAGGCUUAUCAAAAACUUGAUAUUUAAUAGCGAGUUGGACAACAAUGACCCUCUAUUUACGACAGGAUCAGAGAUGGGAAACUCUUACCUGAUGGACCUGGAGCCGAGCUGGGAGUCAAUCUAUGAACUGAACACGCAGGACGUGUUGCUGGAGGAACUCCGACAGUUGAAGGAGGAAAAGGAGGCCCUGAAAAAAAAAAAACGGAAACCCAAACUGCGGAUGGGAAUCAAACUGGGGAAAGAGGAGCUGGAGCUCGAACGGCUAAAGGAGAAAAACAAGGUCCUUACGGAGAGAAACCAGACCGUAGAGAUGGAGCUCCAAGCGGCGAAUGAGGAAAACAAGAAAAUGAAAGAGGGUGAUUGGGUCCACUUCGCGAUACGCCAGAGGUUGAAAGAGACAAUAAGGACCCAGGAGAUGGAGCUCACAGUGGCGAAGGAGGAAAAGCAGGUCUUUACGGAGAAAAAACAGACCCUAGAGAUGGAGCUCACAGUGGCGAAGGAGGAAAAGCAGGUCCUGAAAGAGACACUAAGGACCCAGGAGAUGGAGCUCACAGUCGCAAAGGAGGAAAAGCAGGUCUUUACGGAGAAAAACCAGACCCUAGAGAUGAAGCUCACAGUGGCAAAGGAGAAAAAGCAGGUCUUUACGGAGAAAAACCAGACCCUAGAGAUGGAGCUCACAGUGGCAAAGGAGGAAAAGCAGGUCUUUACGGAGAGAAACCAGACCCUAGAGAUGGAGCUCACAGUGGCGAAGGAGGAAAAGCAGGUCUUUACGGAGAGAAACCAGACCCUAGAGAUGGAGCUCACAGUGGCGAAGGAGGAAAAGCAGGUCUUUACGGAGAAAAACCAGACCCUAGAGAUGGAGCUCACAGUGGCGAAGGAGGAAAAGCAGGUCUUUACGGAGAAAAACCAGACCCUAGAGAUGGAGCUCACAGUGGCGAAGGAGGAAAAGCAGGUCUUUACGGAGAAAAACCAGACCCUAGAGAUGGAGCUCACAGUGGCGAAGGAGGAAAACCUGGUCCUAAAAGAGACAAACCGGAACCCGGAACUGGAGAUGGAAAUCCAACUGGUGAAAGAGGCCAAAGAGACCCAGGAGCUGGAGCUCCAACUGCUAAAGGAGAACAACCAGGUCCUUACGGAGAGAAACCGGACCGUAGAGAUGGAGCUCCAAGAGGGGAAUGAGGAAAACCAGAACAUGAAAGGGGUUGGUUGGGUCCACUUUGAAAUGCGCCAAAUUUUGAGAGAGACAAUAAGGACCCUAGAGAUGGAGCUCACGGUGGUGAAGGAGGAAAACCUGGUCCUGAAAGAGACAAACCGGAACCCGGAACUGGAGAUGGAAAUCCAACAGGUGAAAGAGGCCAAAGAGACCCAGGAGCUGGAGCUCCAACUGCUAAAGGAGAACAACCAGGUCUUUACGGAGAGAAACCGGACCGUAGAGAUGGAGCUCCAAGAGGGGAAUGAGGAAAACCAGAACAUGAAAGGGGGUGGUUGGGUCCACUUCGAGAUGCGCCAAAUUUUGAGAGAGACAAUAAGGACCCAGGAGAUGGAGCUCACAGUGGCGAGGGAGGAAAUCAAGGCCCUGAACAACAACAAACAGAUCCAGGUGUUUAAGCUCAGAGGGGUUCAGGACGAAAACCAGAUUGAAGUUGGACUGUUGAAGACGGAGCUCCAACAGAUGAAGGACGAGAAUAAUCUCCUUGAGGACAUCUCUCUAAGACAAAAAAAAAAGAAUAGAUGGAUCUUUGGCAGGAGGAUGGAGGGAAGAGAAAUAGAGUUAGCAAAGAUGAAGUCCAAAAUGCAGGCUAUGGGGGACUAGGGUGGCGAUGGGUAAGGAGGAGCUGAAGCCCGAGAAGGGACUCGGGGCCUGGAGCCCACGAUGGGACACUCGGCCUGGAGCCCGCGAAGGGACACGGGGCCUGGAGCCCGAGAAGGGACUCGGGGCCUGGAGCCGGCGAAGGGACACGG